AUGGCGAUCACUCUUUCCACCAACUCAAGAUGGAUUGUUGAUCCGUCUGGAAACCGGUUCAAGCUCAGAUGCACCAAUUGGGCCGGUCAUCUCCACAUUAUGGUGCCCGAAGGCUUGGAAAAGCAGCCAUUGUCGCACAUUGCGGCCAAUGUGGCUUCCAUGGGUUUCAACUGCGUCCGACUCUUGUGGGCAACUUUUAUGUACACUAGACACGAGUAUUCUAGCCUAACUGUCGCCCAAUCACUCGACAAGUUUGACCUGAAAGAUGCAAAGGAAGGAUUCGCCAUUAACAAUCCUAAACUCCUUAACCUGACCGGUGAGAAUGUUCACCUGGCUGUGGUUAACGAACUCGGGUUAAAUAAUGUGGUUGUAAUCUUGGAUAAUCAUAUUAGUCUUCCUCAAUGGUGCUGUGGAGAAACAGAUGGAAAUGGGUUCUUUGGUGAUGAGAAUUUCGAUGUUACUGAAUGGGGUAUGGGCUUAACUAUGGUCGCCAGGAAAUACAAAGGCAAUCCAACGGUGGUCGGAAUGAGCAUGAGGAAUGAGCUUCGUGGGUCUAGACAGAACGAGAACGAUUGGUAUGAUUACAUGCAGCAAGGCGCAAACGCGAUCCAUUAUGUGAAUCCGGAUAUGCUGAUAAUCGUGUCCGGUUUACAAUACAAUUCGAAUCUUGAGUUUCUUAAAGGUAGACCAUUCGGUGCGAACGUUGACAAGAAAUUGGUGUUCGAGGCUCAUUGGUACCCGUUUGGGGAAUCUCAAGAAAGCUGGUUGAACAAAACGAACGAGUUUUGUGGGUCGAAAAUCGGGUUGUUUUUUAGUAAGUCGGGUUUCUUGUUAGACAAUGGAAUUCCCUUGUUUUUGAGUGAAUUUGGAACCGAUCAGAGAGGUGGGGAUGAAAUGGGUAACCGGUAUUUGAAUUGCUUGAUUUCGGUUUUAGCUGAGAAAGAUCUGGAUUGGGGUUGGUGGGCAUUACAGGGAAGUUACAUGUUAAGGGAAGGGGUAACUAAUAUGGAAGAGUCUUACGGCAUGAUGGAUUUGAAUUGGACCCGACCCAGAAAUAUAACUGUACAAAGAAAGCUACAAUUUUUACAGCAAAUUUCUCAGGAUCCGAAUUCAAAUAAGACAAAAUCCAACAUUCUUUAUCACCCACAAAGUGGGCAAUGUGUUAACCUACUAGACAAAGAUGUUAUAGCAUUAGGAAACUGCAAUAGCUCUAUUUCAACAAGAUGGGACCAAGAUCAAGAUGGGUCGGCGAUCAAGUUGGCUGGUACCGACCGGUGUUUGUCGAUCGUGGAGGAAGGAGAGGCGGUAGGAAUCUCCGGUGACUGUGGAAGCCCGAGGGCUAAGUGGAGGAAGGUUUCCGGGUCGGGUCUUCAUUUGGCAGGAAAAAGGGAGGAAGGAGGAGGGGAUUUGUGUUUGGAUGGGAGUUCUUCAAUGGUGUUUACUAACAAAUGUCUUUGUGUGGGAUCGGAUUCUUUAGAUCUUCCUUUUUGUGAUCAAGACCCACAAAUCCAAUGGUUUAAACUUGUUCCUAUUAAUGUAUACUAA